UGCAAAUAAGACAUGGAUGCCCCGGACGACAGAGACAUCAAGCUCCAGCGGGCCUCUGGAGAUCUUCUAAAGGAGUUUGAGGCGAAGCUUCCAUCUCUGCUUUGGAAAUCGCGGACGCAGAAUGGACAACUUAGCAGAGUUCCGCACCGGUGGGCCCAGGCCACCAAGACCGAGAGACUCAUAAGCCUUCUGGAACAUUUCCAAGAAUGGCCUCAGCUUCUGGAUCCGCAUUUACAGAGGUUCUUGCCUCCUUUAAUCGACGCCUUCUUGGCGUAUCUGGUCAGGCAUCGUGGGCAGUACGCUGAAAGGCCAGCUCAUUCGCCGCAGCAAGUUGGUACGUUGUAUCCAUUGCCUAGGGCUAUUUGUAAGAUCCUAUACGUCUUUUGCAAAGUUCGUGGUGUCAAAGUUAUCAGUCGAUUCUUGAACAAUGAGCCGAAAUAUCUCGAAGUUAUGCUGCGGGCGUUCAUCGAAUGGGAUGCGGUUGUAGGAGAUGACCCCAUGGAGACUUCCACCAAGGGCGGUAUUCAGCCUCUCAUUUGGGAGGAGAGAUAUGUCAUGUUGACAUGGCUAUCACAUCUUCUGCUUUGCCCUUUCGACUUGGCAUCCGUGUCGUCUGAUGACAUUCCCAUUCCGCAUGACAAUCUGGCUGUACUAGGACAGUUGUCUCCAGAUAUUCCCAGAAUAUCUGCAUCUGUGCUAUCUGUCUCUCUGAAAUAUGUUGUUGCUUCAUCGAAAGAGAGAGAAGCGGCGACAGCAGUCAUGGCCAGAUUAGCCUUGCGUCCCGAUAUGCAGCGCUUGCAGCUACUGCGACAACUUACAGAUUGGGCAUUUUCUCUUGUUGUACCAAAGCCAGGCAACGAGGCUCCUGCUAUAUAUACAUGCAUAGGGGCGUUGUCAUUCCUUGCACGACUUGUCGCAUCGGGGCAAGUUGAAGAUCUCGCUCCUCUGGUGAUUCCUAUUUUUGACCAAACGCUUCGUAUCGCGCAAGAGGAGUCGGACGUUUUCGAAUCGAUCAGAUCCUCUGCUUUGGCAAGGAAAAUGAUAAUCAAGAUCCUUCGCACUGUGACGGUAUUGGUUUUAUCAUUGGAUGAAAGGGCUCAAUGGCAGUUUCCGGAAGAUAAAGUCUCCUCCAUCCUGGAAGAUGCUAUCGACUACUUCCUUAGGGCUCUCGCAGAUAAGGAUACUCCGAUACGCUUUGCAGCAAGCAAAGCUCUCAGUGUUGUCACUCUGAAAUUGGAGCCAGAUAUGGCUGCUGAGAUUAUCGAGGCUGUUAUUGGCUCAUUAGAGGAGGAUAUUCUCUACGAGAAAGAGGACGGUACCCUUAUUGCACCGUUCGAAGCGCAUGGACUUGACAGCAAGAAAUUAAAACGAAACUUGAGCGCAGUUGAUGCUCAGAGAUGGCAGGGUUUGGUGUUGACACUCGCUCAUCUUCUUUUCCGCAGGGCGCCCCCGACUCGUCAGCUUCCUGAAGUUCUCCAAUCUCUUAUGUCCGGACUGGGCUUCGAGCAGAGAUCCUCCACAGGAAGCUCUGUGGGUACCGGAGUACGAGAUGCCUCAUGUUUUGGUAUCUGGGCUUUGUCUCGCAAAUACAGCACCGCGGAGCUGUUGGCUUUGGAUACAAGUUCGAUCAAGGCACCGACGGACCAAGAAGAGUCUAGCGUGAUACAAAUGCUUGCUGUGGAACUCAUAUGCGCUGCCUGCAUUGAUCCUUCCGGUAAUAUCAGACGAGGGGCUUCUGCUGCUCUACAAGAACUGGUAGGCCGUCAUCCUAAUACCAUUCAUGAGGGAAUUCCACUUGUACAGGUGGUAGACUACCAUGCAGUUGCACGACGUUCAAGAGCAAUGAUCGACGUUUCCAAAGGAGCAGCAUCUCUAGACAAGCUCUACUGGAGUCCUCUCGUGUACUCACUGAUGCAUUGGCGAGGAAUUGGGUCGCCCGAUGUGGAAUCUCGCAGACUGGCGGCGACGGCUAUAGGAGAGUUGAGCCUCCAAGGCUCCUACGAAACUAUACAAGCUGUUCUCCGCCGCCUGCAUAAAACGUUAUCCACUCUUCCACGGCGAGACAUUGAAACGAGACACGGGUGUCUCCUGUCGAUUGCUGCCACGAUCGACGCUUUUAUCGGCUACAGGGGAGGUGAGGAUGCUGUAGAUGGAAAAGUGCAAGCAUCUGAUGUAGCCAGUGAGAUCUCGGGCCUGUGGCGGAUAUUCGAUUCUCCAUAUGGGCCAAGCAAGGAAGAUCUAACACUCCAAGCGUCACGGCCAGAACUCAGCGCUGAGGCGUCUUCACGCUUGAUCUCUGCUCUUUCCCGGUCCACAUUCUCUGAUAAAGGCACCCCUGGUUGUCCUCGGCCAUCAGAUGCACUUCUUGAAAAGGCUCUCGACGUGCUUUUGCUAUGCAUCUUCAGAGGAGAAGACGUCGCUAUUGAAGCCUCAUCUGAAGCAGCUUCAGCCUUGUUCGCUCUGUUGCCAUUAGAAAGGCAAGAAGAAACGGUACAGGGCUGGUUCGCCAAUAUUCACGCAUGCUGGAAGUCCGCCACUGGUCGAGGUCAGAUUGCAGCUCUUGGAGCAGUAUUCCAGCGGCUUCCAGUGGACAGCAAUGGAAGAAAGAUAAUCGUUGAAGAGCUACUACGUUGCACGAGCGAGGAAGAGCUUAUCGAGAAACGAGUCUCCGCUGUAAAGUGUCUGUCCGUCGGUGUCUUGCCGGAAAUAGAUGUCACGGAUCAAAUUGUGGAUCAUAUUGUCCGUUUCUUGACCGACUAUACGACUGACCGACGUGGAGACGUCGGUUCUUUCGUCCGAAUAGAGGCUAUACAAGCUGCAGACAUUAUCUUCGAGAGAUUACCUGCCCAGGAGACAAGACCAGCAUACGUUGAACGCCUAGUUGGUUGCCUUUGUCGUCUCUCGGCAGAAAAGUUAGAUAAAGUGCGCCUACAAGCAUGGCUGAGUUUACAAAAGUUCUGGAAAUCACAGAAAGACUUCCCACCCUUGGAGAGAGAAUACGAGCAUUUCAGCUUAGUAUCAUCGCCUGACUAUUUCCGCCAACUUCUAGAAUUGCUGAAAGUCGAUUGGCUCCGUUUACCACUUAUCCAAGGCCUUGUUACCUCCGCAAGUGCCGGAACAGAAAACCUGAUUCGAUCUUCGCGAUCCGCGCUAAUUGAGUAUAUCAAUGACCAAGAUAAGCAACGACGAGAAGCCGUCGUUGCACAGUUGAUCAGAGAGUCUCAGCUCGUCCUUGAGAGCAAUCUUGAAGAUGACCGCUACGCGAUUCCAGCCAUGGACAUGCUGAGCUUCUUGCUAGAUACCAGUGUCACCUCCACUUCGACCGAUUCAGAACCCAUUUUCCGCAAGGUGUUCUUCUUCGUCCAAAAAGCACACUACAAAUCCUCAAACAUGGCAAGACUAGAAGCAGCCAUCAAGGUGUACGCGUCAUUGUCGAGAAUGGAGCAUCUUAAGACCGAUGUCAUGAAGAAGUUAACAAGCAUGCUACUUCAUCCAUACCCUAAGAUCCGUGCCUCCGUUGCAGAUUACUUGUUUAUGGAAACAGGUUCUUCACUUAUCAAGACGGAAGACUGGACGAUGCAGCCGAAACAGUUGAAGAGUAACGUUGAGAAGUUGAGAACGAGCUUGGUUAAAUAGGCUGAUCUAGAGUUAUUGUGGGUCUCGCAUGUUGAUAUGCACUCCCUGUGACUUGAAAACAUAACUGGAGCAGCAUUUAACCAACAUUUAAAUCACUUGACGAAAUACAACUAUUUAAUAGCUAUCUAGCUAUAUCAUGGGGACCUCCAAUUGAAUUGCUUUACAGUCUAGGGCAAACAGAAGAAACUAAGGAACGUA